UGGCAGGAGCUACCCCACGAUCGCCGCCGCCGCUUGUGCCUGUCGGCGCGGCAAGGCGGCAGGAGCCGCCAUGUCCCCCAACGUAGAGCAGCCGGAGGACUCCACCACGCCCUCCAGCGGCCACAGCGAGGCCGAGGCUGGCUCCCCCUGCCAGGACUCGCCCCGCCGGGACUCUCCCCGCCCCGAAAAACAGUGGUCGCGGCCGGCGGCGCGACCCAAGUCAUCGCCCGGCGGCAGGGUGCUGCGGAGGGCUGGAGACUGGAAUAAUGGCGAGGCGCUGGUGGUGACGGACGUGGAGGGCGAGGCGGCUGCCGUGGCGGGCGGGGGCUGGGGCCGAGACGUGCACGCCUGGACGCCUCACGCGGGCCCCCAAGGUGGCCAUGACGACGGCGACGACGACGAGGGCGGCUGGGCGGAGGGCGGGCCGGUGGCCACCGUGAAGCUGGUGCUGGAGACGGGCGUGGGCGUCAUCACGCGGGCGUGGCCGCUCACCCAGCCGGCACAGUUACUCAGGGCACAACUCAGCCAUACUACGCAGGUCCCCGCACAGUACCUGCAGCUGGUGGUGCGGGGCCGCGUGUUAGGGGACGAGGCCACCCUGCGGAGCGUGGGCGUGGAGGCCAACGAGACUGUGCAGGUGGCCGUGUCCUCCAAGCGGCCACACACACACCCGCUCACCCUCUUGGCGCCCAGUUCGCCCCCGCUGCCCACGCCCGACGUCAUCACUGUCAUCGUCGCGGAGGGGCCACAUUAUGAUGUACAAGGGCCAUGCGCCGCAGCUGAUGGCAGGCAAGGGCAUCUCGAUGGGUGGCAGGCAGCCCAGCCACAGCAGAGGCAUGCGUCCAUGUUUGCAAUAAAGUCUGUGCCCUCCCAGCAGGAUCAGGAUCCCUAA